AUGAGCACUGCUAUCGCCGCAGCUGAGAAACGUACACAGAGUUAUCUGUCAAAGAUUGAGCAUGGACAGACAAUGACUAGAACAUCACUGUCUGUUUUCAAUAAAGAAUUGCCGACCUAUAAACAGAUUAUAGGAAAGGUGCGCGACGUUUACGUCUUCGAAGACCGCGUGUUGCUUGUGUCCACGGAUCGUCAAUCAGCGUUUGACCGUGCCCUUGCCUCUAUUCCAUUCAAAAGCCGUGUACUUACGCUUACGAGCGUAUGGUGGUUCAACCAGACUAAACACAUUGUGGCAAACCACUUACUAGGCGUGCCACAUCCGUCUGCGAUGAUGUGCAAAAAGUGUUCCGUCUUCCCCGUCGAGUUUGUCGUCCGUGGUUAUAUUACAGGAUCGACUAGCACGAGUAUGUGGACCAAUUAUAAGAAUGGAUGUCGUGACUUUUGCGGCCACAGAUUGCAGGACGGCUACAAGCAGCACCAGAAGCUGCCUGAGAAUUUGGUUACUCCUACGACCAAGGACGAGCACGAUGAACUAAUUUCAGGUCUUGAGAUCAUUCGUAGCGGACGUAUGACACAGGAGCAGUGGGACUAUUGUGAGAAAAAGACGCUUGAACUUUUUGCAUUUGGUCAACAACAGGCGGCCAAGCGUGGUCUCAUUCUCGUUGACACCAAGUAUGAGUUUGGCUUUGAUGCGGCCACGGGUGACAUUUUGCUCAUUGACGAGAUCCACACACCUGACUCGAGUCGCUACUGGAUUGCUGAUACGUAUGAGACGUGUAUGGCUGCUGGUAAGUCACCGGACAACAUUGACAAGGAGUUUUUGCGUUUGUGGUUUAAAGAACACUGCGACCCGUAUAAGGACGCAGUGCUGCCAAAUGCUCCCAAGGAACUUGUGAAUGAACUAUCUCGUCGCUACAUCAUGCUUUACGAGCUCAUAACGGACUCUGAGUUUGAGUUUCCAGCUGAAGGAAGCAAACCUGAAGACGAACUUGUUGAGGGUGUGUGUAAGGCGUUUCUCUGCAAGUAG